AUGUCAGAAGAAACAAAGAUGUCUAUGACUCAAGCAAUUAAAAUCGAACCACUAGAAUAUGUAGUAGAAGAGAUUAAACGCGAAAUCGAAGAUGAAUCUGACGAUCCUGAUGCUAUUGUUCAAUCUGAAUCGAGUUCUGAGGACGAUGAAACAUGUUUAGAAAAUUUCAUGAAUUCCGAAGUGACUAUAGAAGAAGUAGUCAAACAGGAGUCAAUCGAGACACCCACUUAUAAAUGCAACAUUUGCAAUUGUUCCUUUGCAGAGUCACAUCAAUUGAAAAAACAUAUGGUCGAACACAAGCCCAGCAACAGCAAAGAACGCCCCUUCAAAUGCGAAAUUUGUCAUAAGACCUUCAAAGUAUUGAAAGGUUUCAAAUCACACAUGUAUACACAUUCCGAAGAAUGUCCCUUUAAAUGCGAAAUAUGCAAUAAGACAUACACACAAAUAUGUAAUCUGAAAAGACACAUGCGGGUGCACAAUGGAGUACAACCUCAUGAAUGCGGUAUAUGCAAUAAGACAUUCAUACAAUUAAGUAAUCUGAAAAGCCACAUGCUUAUUCAUAGUGGUGAUCGGCCUCACGAAUGCAACGUAUGUAAUAAAUCAUUCACACAGUUAAGCAACCUGAAACGCCACAUGCUUAUUCACAAUAGUGGACGCCCGCAUGAAUGCAACAUAUGCAAUAAGACAUUCAAACAAUUAAGUAAUCUGAAAAGUCACAUGCUGUUACACGAUGUAGUAUUACCCCAUGAAUGCAAUAUAUGCAAUAAGACAUUCACACAAUUAGGUAGUCUGAAAAGGCAUAUGCUGACUAAUCACAAAGAGUCUCUUUAUAAAUGUGAAACAUGCAAUAAGGAAUUUACUCGAUUGAACAAAUUGAAGAGACACAUGGCACUUCAUAGUGAGACGCAUGAUGAAAAACAUUGA